AUGGCUUCUAGCUAUCCUCUCCCCAACGGUCCGGCGCCUGGUGGUCCUGUCCCCGGCGCGACUCCUCUCCUCCCGAACAAUGGUAGAAUCAUCCAGAACGGCAGCGUGAGGAUAUUGUGUGUGGCAGAUGUCAGAGGAAACCUUAAGUCCUUGAACGAGCUCGCGAAGCAAGCCCGCGCUGAUCACAUCAUCCACACUGGUGACUUUGGCUUUUACGAUGAUACGUCACUCGAGCGGAUCGCCGACAAGACCCUCAAACACGUGGCUCAGUAUUCCCCGCUCUUGCCAGAGCACAUCAAGCGCACUAUUGCCCAGAUUCCUCCACAGCAGUCCAUUAAGUCGCGAUUCACGCCCGACCAGCUGCCUCUGUCGGAACUCCCGCUGCUCCUCGACAAGAGACUGACCCUGGACGUUCCCGUUUACACAGUGUGGGGUGCCUGUGAAGAUGUGCGCGUGCUGGAGAAGUUCCGAUCUGGCGAGUACAAGGUCGACAAACUUCACAUCAUCGACGAGGCGAACUCCAGACUGCUGGACGUCGGUGGUGUGAAGCUGCGUCUGUUGGGUCUGGGAGGUGCCGUUGUUAUGCACAAGCUGUUUGACAACGGCGAGGGUAAGACGACGAUCGCCGGUGGCCAAGGUACCAUGUGGACCACCCUUCUUCAGAUGGGCGAGCUGAUCGACACGGCGAACCGUGUAUACGAUCCUUCCGAGACUCGGAUCUUCGUGACACACGCGUCUCCGGCCCGUGAAGGCAUGUUAAACCAGCUGUCCGUCACAUUGAAGGCCGACUUUUCGAUAUCCGCCGGUCUGCACUUCCGUUAUGGCUCCUCCUACAACGAAUUCUCCGUUAAUCCUACCCUGGACCACUACCGGGGCAAGCUUGCGGCGUCCAAGGCUUCCUUCAACGAUGUGUGGGAGACUGUCCGCGGAGAGGUCGAGGCUGCCAUUGCGUCGAACGAGGCUCAGAAGACGCUCCUGGACAAUGCCUUGGACGUUGUCAACAAGAUGCCCACGGUGGCCAACGGCGGUAAUCCGUUCGGAGGUCCCGUUACGGCCGCGAAUGCCGGCGGUCAAGUGGACGAGAGUGCCUUCAAGAACAUGUGGAAUUUCAACCUUGCCGAUGCGGCCUUUGGAUACUUGGUCCUCGAGAUCGAAAACGGUCGGAUAGGGACGGAAAUGCGGGCUCAGGGUUUCAACUUCGCACACCGAACUGGGAAGCCCCAGAACACCGCUGCUGCUACGACCGCUGCAAACCAGGCUGCGGUUCCUGCUCCGCAGCUGAGCGGUGGUCCUCCUUCAACCAAUGCCGCGGCGAACCAGAAUCGUCCCGCACCCCAGUUUGGCCAGGCUCCUGCUGCUGGGCGUGGGACUACAUUCCAACAGCAGCAACAGCCGCCGGUUCCCCAGCAGCCUGCCCAAGCUAAGCCCCCGACGACUACGCAGGCUCCCUCUCAAACCGCGUCGCCAGCUCCUGUUGUCCCCAAGCCAGCGACUCCCCAGCCCGCAGCCGCUAACGCAAACGCAAACGCAAACCAGGAGAAACCUGCGGCCCCAGCCCCUGAGGCCAAUGGCACGGCAACGCAGGCUGAGAAGACGUCUGAAUCUCCUGCGCCCAAGGGCGAGAAGAAACAGACUAACGGACUGUUCGUCUCCAAUGUGGAUAACGAGCAGGCGGUACGAGAUCUGUUCCCCGAGGAGGAUAGGGCGAAGAUUGUCAAGAUAGAGAAAUGGGGCAAAUUCAACCACGUUGUCACGUUCGGAAGUGUGGAAGAGGCCAAGGCAGCUUUGGAGCGACAGCCGGCGGAGCACAAGAAGGCGUCGCCGCCCGGUCAACCGCGCAAGCCGAACGUCAAGUUCUUUGAAGACCGUGGCAGCCGUGGAGGCCAAGGCAAUGCCGGCACCUGGCAAGCUAGCUCGCGCGGCGGAGCGAAUGCGGGGCAGCGGGCAGGAUAUCAGAGCGGAGCCAGCGACAGUGAAGGACGUGGGCGCGGUGGAUUUGGACGGGGACGGGGUCGUGGAGGUGAUCGUGGUGGCCGGGGUGGACGAGGCAGAGGCGGAUUCAACAACAGUAACAACAACAACAACCACAACAAGAGUGGUGGUGGCUCCGACUCUCCUGCAGCGUCGACUCCGACCGACAACGCUCCAGCGACGGGUGGCGAGUCUUAG